UGGCCUUUUCUUCUGAGAGCUGGCCACGUGGACCUGUGUGUGUUCCUCACUUUAAGUUCUUGGGAAAGCUAGUUUUUUUUUUUUGGUAAUGCAAGCAACUUCUCUACUCGUUCAGAAUUGAUAAUCAAUUGGUAAUGGGUUGUGGGGGAUUUGGGCAAUCUGUGUUUAGCCCAUCUGAGUCUCUCUCUCUCUCUCUUCUGCCUCGAGAUUUCAGGAAUCUUUUUUACACGGUUUCUCUGUAGACCCUUUCCUUCCUUCUUUUCUCUUCUUCACUGUUUCUCUGUAGAAAUCGUCUUUUGGCUUCUGUAGAGAUUCCAGAAAGAAGAGACAGAGAGAUGUUGCAGAGAGCUGCAAGCAAUGCAUAUUCUUGGUGGUGGGCAAGCCAUAUUAGGACGAAGCAGUCAAAAUGGCUAGAACACAACCUUCAAGAUAUGGAGGAGAAGGUGAAACACAUGCUUAAACUCAUUAAUGAGGAUGGAGACUCUUUUGCCAUGAGGGCAGAAAUGUACUACAGGAAGAGACCUGAACUCGUUAAUUUUGUGGAAGAAUAUUACAGGGCAUACCGAGCCCUGGCUGAGAGGUAUGACCACAUAUCAGGAGAGCUACAAAAUGCUAACAGCACCCUUGCCAAUGUUUUUCCCGAGCAAGUUCAGUUUGCAACGGAUGACGAAGAUGAUGAUGAUGAUGGUUCACCAAGAAAAUCUACUUCCUCUACCAAUCAAAAUAGCCUCCCCAAGGGCUUACUUGAACCCCCAAAACUCAAUAUCCCGAAAAUUCCAAAGUUCCUAAGGGGAACGUCAGCAUUGCCAACAAAGAAAGUGCAACCCAAGAAAGCUACUUCAUCUACUUCUACAUAUACUACUGCUUUCAGUUUGCGGAUGAGCACAGCUGAGGCACUUCAAGAGAUCGAUAAACUCCAGAAAGGUAUAUUGGCCCUACAGACUGAGAAGGAGUUUGUCAAGAGCUCAUAUGAGAGUGGGGCUGCUAAGUACUGGGAAAUCGAGAUGUGCAUCAGCGAAAUGCAAGAGGAGGUUUGCAUGUUGCAAGACGAAUUUGGUGUGGCAACAGUAAUUGAGGAUGAUGAAGCACGAAUUCUUAUGGCAGCCACAGCUCUGAAAUCAUGCCAAGAGACCUUGGUGCAGUUGCAGGAGAAACAAGAGCAAUCAGCUGAAGAAGCAAGAGUCGAGUACCAACGGAUUAAAGAAGCUCAUGGGAAGCUGUGGACAAUCAAGAAUGAGUUUCUCUGUGAUCAGAUGGAUCAACCAGAUCUAUCUGAACAAAAAGAAUCUGUGGGUUCAGGUUCAAGCUUGAAUAACUUGGAGCAAGAAUUUAGUAAUCUGAAACAGAAGAGACUCCAGUUGGAAUCCAUACAGGAGAAGAUCAGGGAACACUUUGAUAUGAACUCUGAUACAUCUCUUACUGUGACAGAACUGGCGGAGAAGAUUGAUGAACUUGUACAUAAAGUCAUCAGUUUGGAGACUGAAGUCUCUUCACAGGCUGCUCUGAUAAAUAGGUUAAGAUCAGAAACUGAUGAAGUCCAUGAGAACCUGUGGAACUUGGAUGAGGAUAAGGCAACUCUUGUCAAGGGUUCCCACAAUUUUAUACACAAACUAAGGAUAUUCGAUGACAAGCUAUCUGGAAUCCAGGAUCUCAGUCGGAGUUUUGAGGACCAAAACAACAACCUCCAAACACAUUUUUCUGUAGCACACUGUAACCUCAACUAUCUUUCGGAGAAACUGCACUCGGUGAAGCCCGAUGAGGAGAUCAACAUUCCAGGUUCACAUCUGGCAGAUAUGGGCAUUUUUCACAAUACCAAGAAACAAGAAGAGUCCGAGAAACAAAAAGGUAUGGCGACUCCUGGUGAUGGAUUAGAGAGCACAAAAGUCAGAAAAGCAGAAGCUGAAGAGGAAAAAAAUGUUGUUCAGAAUCUUAGUCCUUGUUCCAAAGAUAAUGAAGAAGGCAGUAUUCAAUCCAUGGUGAGCAAUAUUGCUGGUGAUCCCUCUGAGAAAUAUAAGGACCCAGAGCAUCAGAACAAUUUUAAGAAGCAGGAUAUGUCACAAACUGAAGAUAUUAUAUUCAAGGUUGACCCAUGGGAGAAUAGUAACCUCAAUGGCAUUUCUGAGAAGCAGCAUUUUGUGAAUUCUGAUGAAGGGGUUGAUACAUGUGAUUCAUUGAAGGAUAACACUGAGAAGCAGGAGUCAUCCCAAAUAAAAAAUAAUAUUUUCAAUGCUGACUCAUGGGAGAAUUGCAACAUUGAUUACCUUUGGAAUGAAUUGCAUUCUGUGAGGCCUGGUGAAGAGAUUUUGAAUUCAUCAAACAACAAAGUUGAGAAGCAGGACCUGUUCUCAAUUGAACAUGAUAGUCUCAAUGUUGAAUCACAGAGAAAUAGUUACUUCAAUCCCUUUUCAGAGGAAGGGUAUUUUGUGAAGCCUGAAGAAGAAGAGAUAAUGGCUUUAUUCCAGGACAAAGUUGAGAAGCAGGAUUCAUCCCAAACUGGAGAGAGUUUUUUCAAUCUUGACUCACAGGGAAAUUGUGACCCCAAUCACCUUCCUCAGAAUCCGUACUUCAUGAAGCCUGAUGAGGUUGUCAAGAUCUCACCUCAAGCAGAAUUGGGAGCUCUUCUUGAUGCCAUCAUAUGUGCAAAGUUUGAGGGGCAAGAAGAAAUGGUGGCUCCUAUCGAUGGGUCGAAGAACUGGAAGAAAACAAAGACACAGCUGGAAGAGGAGACAGACAAGGUUCACAAUCCUAGCCUCGGUUGUAAGUAUGAUGAAGAUGGUGCUCCUUCCAAGGUAAGCAAUACCAGUGAUGGUAUUUCUGAAACAUGUGAGGCCUCAGGGAAACUGAACAAAUUUACGAAGUACAACUCCUCCCAAAUGGAAUAUAGCAUGUCUAAUGUUGGCUCACAGCAGAAGGCAAUUGAAGAAGAAGAUGAACCAAACUGGCAAAAGUUGUUCUUAAGUGGAUUGGAGGAUAGAGAGAAGGUUCUAUUGGCAGAGUACACUUCAGUUCUUCGGAAUUAUAAGGAUGCAAAGAAGAAGCUUGCUGAGAUAGAGAAGACAAACAGGGAAAAUGCCUUUGAAACAAUGGUGCAACUACGGGACCUGAAGCGUGCCAAUGCCAUCAAGGAUGAUGAGAUUAUAUCUUUACGUCAGAAACUAAGCUUUCUGCAGACAAGUUUUGAAGGAAAUCUGGAUACCAACAUUUCAGAAUUUAAAGACACACAACAGGGAAGGCCCCAUGGUGACAUGACAGAAAAAUCAAACUCCCAUGUUUCUUAUCUCCCGGCUACAAACUCAGACCAACCAACUUUCAAUUUCUUAGAUGAUCAAAAUGUUGGACCUGCAGUAAGAACCAACAAAUCUAUUGCAAAUGGAACCAUGGAAACUUACCCAACAGCAGCAGAAGAUGAAGAAGAAGAGAUCAAGGUGAUUCUUGUUGAUGAACCUCAUGUUUCAACCAUUGAAGAGAAAUUCCGAAGGGACAUUGAUGAGCUGUUAGAAGAGAACCUGGAGUUCUGGUUAAGGUUCAGCACGCUAUUCCAUCAGAUACAGAAAUUUGAAACUCCAAUUCAGGAUCUACAAGCUGAAAUCUCAAAAUUGAAGGAAAACAAGAAGCAGGAGAGCAACACUACCACAGGCAGAUCUCUAAAAUCAGAUGCCCGACCAAUACACAAACACCUGAGAGAGAUCCAGACGGAAUUGACAGUCUGGUUAGAAAAGAAUGCAUUGCUGAAAGAGGAACUGCAGUACAGAUUCUCAUCUUUGUGCGACAUACAGGAAGAGAUAUCAAGAGUCUCCAAGGCGGGUUCUGAAACUGAAGAAGUGGAGUUUAGUAGUUAUCAAGCAGCCAAGUUCCAGGGGGAGGUUCUGAACAUAAAACAAGAGAAUAACAAAGUUGCAGAUGAAUUGCAAGCAGGUCUAGACCAUGUGAGAGGACUCCAGUACGAGAUCGAAAAGACUCUGUCAAAGUUGAAUGAUGAUUUCGAGCUGUCAGGACUGAAAAGUCAGCAUCAACAUCAUCGUGUGAGACAUUCGAGCAGUCGGCCUCGAAUUCCUUUGCGUUCGUUUAUUUUUGGUGUCAAACCAAAAAUGCAAAAGCCAUCAAUCUUCAGGUGCAUUAACCCAUCAUUGCAAAAACAAUACAGUGACAUGGCUGCUGUACUUCCUCAGUAAAUUGGUUUGAUCUCAUUAUUUUCUUCUC